UUAAUGGACAAGCAGAUUCGUUUAAAUUAGGAACAGAUCUUGCAAUGUAUUAGAAAUCACAGAGAUUUAAAUGAGAUCUUAUCAAAAUAAAAAGACCACAGUUCACAAGAAUUAUUUGAUGAAAUUGAGAAAGUUACCAACAACAUGUCGAAUGAAAGCAAAGAGAGCUAAGAAAGCAAGUCAAAUAGUGAUACCAUUGAUAGAGCUAUUAAAAUGUUCGCAGGUAAAUUAAAUAAUUAAGUUUAAUUCUCUAGAACCUAAAGUAAUCCUCUAUAAGAAAGAAAAUAGUCUAGCAUCUGAUUAAAUAAUGGAAUAGAUCUCCCAAGUCUUUAAUAAUAAAUCUUUUGAUUAGAAAGUGGGCUCUAAUCUUUCCACUGAGAUGUCCAAUGAACCUUGCUUAUAAUUGGGCUCAUCUCGCCAAUCCUUGUUGACUAGUGGCUCAGAAACAGAAAGGAGAAAAAGAAAGACCAUUUCGGAGGAAGAAUCUCCUUAUUUUGUUGUCAGACUCGAGGAUGUCAUUAAUUAUUCUGAUGAAAGAACAACAAUUAUGAUCAAGAACAUACCAAACAAAUACACAAUUCAAAUGUUGUAAGAUUUGAUUGACCUUAAACAUCAUGAUUUAUACGAUUUCUUGUAUCUCCCCAUUGAUUUCAAGGUAAUUACAACGAAAAUACUAAAUUUAGAAUAAAUGUAACAUGGGUUAUGCAUUCAUUAAUUUUAUCCAUCCACUUUACAUUGUGUAAUUUUAUAAGGACUUUCAUGAUAAUGGUUGGCCACACUUCAAUAGUGAAAAAGUAAAUUACUUUUCAUUUAUGUAGAUAUGCGAAUUGAGGUAUGCCAGAAUCCAAGGUCGUCAAGCCUUAUUAUAACACUUUUAAUUUUCAAGUGUGAUGAAUCAAAAAGUAAACCUAUAUCAAAUUUCUUAGGAUAAAAAAUUAAAGCCAGUAAUUGUACCAUAAAGUGAAUUAUCCAGAAUUCACUAAUUGAUUCAAGUAAAUCACUCUGUUAUUUUUUAAGCGACAAAAGUAAUGAUAUCAUUUUUCACAUUUUUUGGUGUUUUUAUGCAUAUUAAUUUAAUAUUAUUACAAAUAAAUUUAUUAUUAUCUCCUUCAAUAAAUAAUUUAAAUCAAAUUCUUAUAGAAAUUGUAAUUCAAUUGAUUCAAUUUUUAAAAUCGAAAGUAUAUUACUUAUGAUCUUUUUAUUGGUCAUAAUUUCAGACCUCCUUCAGUAUUUAUACUUAUUUCAAUUUCAUUGGCAGAAAAUCACCUAUUUAAUUGUAGAUUUUUAAGAAAUAACUAAGAUCUAAUAAAUACCAUUGUAAUAUUUACUAGAGGGAAAUCCUCAGGAUAUUCUAAAUUUUGUAUUCAUACCAUUCCUUCUUUUGUUUUAACUUUCAAAGGUUCUUUGUCUCCUACAAUGUGCAAUUUACAGAUAAAUACUAUAAUCUGGUUCAGGUUAUUUUUUGCAUCCAUCAUUUAACAAGCUCUAGUGUUUAUUUUCUUCUAAUUGUUUCUAGGGUUCAAUUUCUACUUUCAACCGUGCUGCUUCUUCUCUCCUCACAGCUAAUUAAUCUCUAUAAUCAAUUAUAAUAAAUAGAAAUUCUAUUAUUAUCUAAAUCCUCAGGUCUUUUAUACUGAGUACUCUUAAUUUAUUAUUUCUCUUAAAAAUAAUUAUUUUUCCCAGAUAUGCCAAUCCAUUUAUUCAGUGUUCUUUUUUUUCAAUAUAAAACUCAUAAUUCAAGUAAGAUUGCUUUGAUAAGGGAUCAUAAAUCUAAUUAAAUGCAAAUCAAAAAAUAUUUUUGAUAGUCUACAUUAUAUAAGGUUUGCCUUUAAUUUAAAAAUUUUCCAUUUAAGCAAUAACAUAAUUCAAAUUUUCAAGUGCUCUUAAAUGUAUUUUAUAACUGAUUGUUUUAUUUCAUCCCUCAAUUAGAAAGCAUUGUCUUUCAAUUUAAUAAUUUAUUUAAAGUAUGAAUAAUUAAACAGAUUAAUUUACAUCUACUAGGCUCUCAUUUUGUUAAUAAACCCAUCUGUCUGUAAACUCAGUUCUUGAACACUUACACAAUUGUCCAUUCCCUAUAACAGAAGAUGAAGCUCAAUAAUUCAUCCAAAAUUAUAAGGUAGAUUAGCUACACUAUUCAGUCAGCCUCAAAUUAUUGAGAAUUACGAGGAAAUGAUAGAAAAUCCCAAUUUCACAAGCAUAUUUGAUAAGCAAUAAUUCUUUUUUGGGAUUGUGCUCAAUGGUUAGAAGAAUGGGAUAGGAAUUCACUAUAAAUACCAGAAAAGCAUCUUUGAAGGAGUUUUUACUGAUAACUAAAAGAACGGAAGAGGCAUAGAGUUGUUUUUUAAUGGCUCCUUCUACAUUGGGUAGUAUCAGAAUGGAAAACCUGAGGGAACUGGUAAAUUUUAAUGGCAAAAUGAUGAAACCUAUGAAGGGUAAUGGUUGUAAGGAAAGAAACAUGGUUCUGGAAUUUGGAAGGGCUCUAAAGGAGACUCCUAUAUUGGAGAAUGGAAAUUAGGAAUUCCAGAUGGUUAUGGUGUGCAUUUAUGGAUUAAUGGUGAUCGUUACAAAGGAGAAUUUAAAAAUUGUUUAAAGGAUGGUUAAGGAACUGAAAAAUUUACUAACGGUGAUACUUACAUAGGAUAAUAUUAAAAAGGAAAGCCUAAUGGAAUUGGGGAGUACUUUUGGAACAAUGGAGCAGUUUAUAAGGGAGAAUUUAAGGAUGGAGUUAGACAUGGAAAAGGAAUUUGGAAAAGAGGCAAUGGAUUAUCCGACUAAUAUAAUGGAGAAUAUAUCAAUGAUUAGAAAUCAGGAUAGGGCAUUUACAUAUGGGCUGAUGGGAACCGUUAUGAGGGAUCAUUCUUAAAUGAUUUAAGAGAUGGCCAAGGAACAAUGUAUUGGCAUGAUGGCUCAUUUUAUAAGGGAUAAUGGAAGCAGGGGAUUUAAGAUGGAUAAGGAAUCUUAUCUAUCAAUUAAGAGCUCAUCAAAGGAAUAUUUUAUGGAACUAAAUUAAUAUAAAUGAAUGAAAAUUCUUAACUCAACAGUAACUAAACAAGAAAUAAAGUUCAUUCCGUUGAAACAAGAUAAACAUCAUUUGGAACAGACGAUAAUCGUAAGAAUGGUAGUUUUUCAUAAGCUUAAUAAAGAAAAGAUUCUGCUGAAUAUAGUACUAAAGUGAAUUCAUUCACUCAAACUUAUAGAAAUUCUAAUUCAGUUGAUUAGAGGGUUAUGAAUAUAUCAGUUCCAAAGCGAUUUGGAAGAAUUACAAACUCAAAAUUGUUAGAAUAGUUUAAUUAAGCAAGAUUUCCUAAGGUGCAACAAUAGUAAUCCACUAAAUAACAAUUAUAGAAAAGACUAUGGAAACCAACUGGGGUCCCAUAAAAUGUAAAAUUUUGA